AUGCACCACGCACGGCAGCAGCUCACACACGGUCAAACAAAUGUUCCUCGGAUCAGUGUUAUCCACGUGCUGCGGUGGGAAGUAAACAAAAGAGACGAGCGGCCAAAACCCAAAAGAGUGCCACGACUGGCCGCAACUCGACGGAACGCAGCCACUCAAAUGAAUUCAGUCCUGAUUCCCUCAACCUCCCACCUUCCCCACAAAAGCUGCAAAAGAUUGAAAACAAACGCACCGUCCAAUGAAUUCUUUGUGCAACACCAAAAGAAGCCGCAGUGCCUUAUGCUGUCCUCACAGUCCGUUGAUGACGCCUGGAUGCGGAUGGUCACCAAUCGUUCCUUCCAAACGACGCUGCACACCCGCGACGCAUCCUGCGCUCUGAGACACGCGUCCCUCACCAUCACCAGAGACGCCCACGCACCGUCGGUACGCAACAAAUCGUCAAGGAGCAAAGGAUACGUCAGACUGACAGCAAGACAUCCGCCGACAAAUCACAUCGCAGGCAUCAUCAAUAGCAGCACCAGCAGCGAUGCAGGCAGCAGAGUAAAGCGGAUCAACUGA